AUGGAUGACUCAAAUGGGAUUCUUAUGCAGUUAUUGGGAGGCUUAUUAGCACCUGAUGGUCCUAAGGAAUGGAAGGAGUUCAACGAUGUUGUGAAAUUUAUAGAAUUUGAGUCUGUGACUGGGCUCCACAUAACUGGUGUUGGCCUAAUAAAUGGUCGUGGAAAGGGUGAUGAUUGUGUCUCUAUUGGAGAUGGAAUUACAGAUAUAAAUAUCACUUAUGUGAAUUGUGGGCCGGGUCACGGGAUAAGCAUUGGAAGUUUAGGACUUGAUGGAACUGUGUCAAACGUAUCAAACAUUCGUGCGAGGCAUAUUCUCUUCAAUGGGACGCAAAACGGAGCACGAAUCAAGACAUACCAGAAAGUUGGAGUUAAGAUAAGCAAUGUGCUCUACUCUGAAAUGCAUGGGACAUCCACGUCCGACGUAGCACUCAAUUUUAAUUGUAGUGAAAAUGUUGCUUGCACCGACAUCAAGUUGAACAAUAUCGAUUUGACAUCUUCAACCCGUGGAGAGAAAGUCAGUUCUAGCUGCAACAAUGCUUCUGGAGAGGCAAUAGGAACUGUAAAUCCCAAGUCUUGUCUAAGAUAA